AUGCAGUCACGGAUUCAGUUUGUUCUGUGUGAUGUUGCCACAGGCUAUUGGUACAUGGCGCUGUUACCGCUGUGUUCUCUGUCACAAACGAAACGACUUCAAGUUCAUGUCCUGUCCUGCAUUAGCAGCUCGAACAAAAUAGUAGACCGAGACAAAAAUGCAAAUGAACAAGAAUUUAACUUCGAAAAAGCUCGUCUGGAAGUGCACAAGUUUGGAAUCACUGGCUACAAGAAGCAGGAGCAACGCAUAUGGGAACAGGAGCGUGCUAUCAUGCUGGGAGCCAAGCCUCCCAAAAAACAACACGUAAACUACAAGACUUACCAAGAGAAAAUGAAAGAGAAAAAAGCAGCGAAGGAUGAUGAUAAGGCAGAGGAACUUAAGGCUGAUUCUCUUAAGAAGAAGAAGGAACAGAAGGAGAGGAAGGCCAAAAGGAAGAAGUCGGUGCCUAGCAUUUGGCCUGCAGGGCAGGUUGGAAAAUUCAGAGAUGGAACCUUGAUUCUGCAAAGCCAUGACAUAAAGAAAAUCAAAUCAUCUAAAGUUAUCAAAUGA